AUGCAGGAGGCGAGGGAGAGAGGGAAUGAAGCGUUCAGGAAAGGCGAGUUGAAUGCUGCGCUGCGGCACUACGAGGAGGCGCUGACCUACGGUGUGGCGGUGCCGCACGUGGGCGGAGUCGGUGGCAGCGUGGGGGGGAAGGGCCCAGGCGGGGGCGGAGGAGGAGGGCAGCUCAUCCAGUGCCUCAUCCACAGUAACAUGGCCGCCGUCUACUUGCUCAAGCAGGACCACGCCAAGGCUUUGGACCACGCUACGCGCUCGGUUGCCCUCGACCCCACCUUCGCCAAGGGGCACUACAGGCGGGGGAAGGCGCUUCAGGCUCUGGGCAAGACCGGAGAGGCCGUGGAGGCCUACGGCAGGGCUCUCCAGGCGACUCCUCCCUCCGAAGAGGUCGUUCGGGCCGAGGUCAAAAGCUGUCUUGAGUCCGCUCGUCUUGUCGGUGCAAUCAAGGCCUACUAUGGUGACCUCCAGAAGAAGCCUGGAGUGUCGCAGUGCGUUGUGGAGGUGAAGCAGAUCGACGGUCACAAGGGCAAGGGCGUGUUUGCCAAGCAGGCUGUGGAUGCUGACGACACGCUGCUCCGAGAGCGGCCUCUGGUGAGCGCGGUCAAGUACCCGCCCAACCACAUCAUCACCGGCAAGCCUCGCAGGCGCGUGUUCAAGACCUGCGACAACUGCAUGCGCUACGUGGACGACUUUGACUGGAAGGCCUACUUUGGGCUGAUGCUGAAGGGUAUCGAGGACUCGAAGAAGGCGCCCAACCCCGAAAAGCCCCUGCCACCCGAUGUAGACCAGUUUGCGGUACUGCUCCCCUUGCGCGCUCCUCACCCGCGCGAGGCCGCCAGCACUGCUGACGCGCGCCUCAACCCCUUCAUUCAGAAAAUCCUGGUGCAAGGCCAGAACCUUGCCGAAGCCGUGAUCCAGAAGCAAAGCCCGGCGGUGCCGUGCCCCCACUGCGCGGGAGACCUGGCCAAGCCUCCCCCCGUACUGUGGCAGUCCGUCUUCCGCGCCUAUCCGAGCCUGCCGCCGGCCGAGUCCUACCAAGAAGUGUACUGCUCCGAGUCGUGCAGGAAAGAGGCCUGGGAGAGUCAUCACCACAGCUUGUGCCCAGGCCAACUGGCAGAGAACCAGGGCAAGCACUUUGCCCUGCUCAACCUGCUCAUCAUGUACCGGGAGGUGGGCUACCACACCAUCGCGAUGAUGCUGCGCAUUCUGGCCCAGAAGGCGAAGCAUCAGCAGGAAGCCAAGCCUGACGCCGUAUUUCCCUUUGAUUUCUUCACGACCGACUCCGAGGAGGUUCCGUUGCCGCCGCAGCGCGUUUACAACGCUGAAGCCGGCCAGUUCACUGAGCCCACCGCCGCGGACCUCGAGCACCAGCACAACAUGCAGCGCCAGAUCUGCGACCUCAUGCAAAACCUCUUUCCCGACCUGACCUGGAGCGCCUACCAGCGCCUCCAGGCUCGCAUAGCUAUGAACGCGCAACAGUGUGCGGUGCCCAGCGUGCCUAGGGAGAUUGCUACUUUUCUCGCUCGCUGCUUCCCCACCGAGGAUCUGGGUUUCGAUCUCAAGACAGGCACGUCUUCUCACAAGGGGGUGGCCAUGUACGCGGUGGCGUGCUCCGUCAACCACUCGUGCGUGCCCAACGCGUACCAUGCCGAGAGCGAGAUCGACAACUCGAUCACCCUCAGGGCGAUGAAGAGGCUGAAGAAAGGCGACGAGGUUGUCAUCACCUAUCUGGACGAGAGCAAGGGCGCAUUGACCAAGAGCGCCAGGCACGAUGCCCUGUGGCGCAAGUUCCUCUUCCACUGCCGGUCGGCCUGCAGGCACGGCACGCCUCUUAUCGUGUGGACCGCCGCGCCGGUGGCCGUCAUCAGGGGUCGCCGUCCCGCCAGAUGCCGAGUGUGCAUCGACGGCGUCGCGUCGGUGAUCUUCUCGCCCGCGGCCGUGUAG